AUUUAUAAUAUUAUAUAUUUAUUAAUUAAUAUUAUAUUUUUUUUUUAACAAGUUGUGAAGGGACGUGUUUGAAGUCUGUCCAUGAAGAAAGAGAAAUGCAUUUCAAAUUCUGUCCAUGAAGAAAGAGAAAUGCAUUUUAAAUUGGCAAUUUGCCAGUUAACCCCAAAGAUCAGUCGCAUACCAACUACCCAAAAAUUCCUUGCUUGAACCUGAACCUGGGAUGUGGAGAAGGAACCAGCACCAGCUACCCUCAAAAGGGGAAACGUGACAUUACGUAGAUUCUCAACAACCAUAAUGAUCGGAAAAGGAAGCGCCGGAUUCAGAUUGAGAUGGACCCAACAGCAUCACAAUCCAGGGUCCCGGCGGCGGUGCCUGAGAGUUCCGGUCAGAUGUUCCUAUGAUCUCACCGCCCAGUACACCGUGCUGGGCCUCACUCCACUUGCCUCCAAAUCUGAUGUUAAACGAGCCUACAAGCGUCUAGCAUUGAAGUAUCAUCCAGAUGUGUAUAAAGGGGAAGAUGUGCCUGGAAAGGAUAAAGCUUUUAGGGAGAUUAAAUCUGCAUACGAAUGCCUAUUGCAAAACCUUAAACUUAAAGAAGAUGAGUCAAGAACAGUGAAGGUUUUUGAUGAGUUUGAUGAAUGGGAUGAGUGGAUGGGAUUCGAAGGCGGAAUUCCUGUGAUUCCUACAGAGUACAAUACUUACUAACUUAAGUUUACCAUUGUUUCUACACCUUGAGCGGUAAACUAUCCUCAAAUUGUUGUAAGAACCAUGUUGUACAUUAGUUAUUGGCUGAAACAAGAUAAUAAAAUUCAGUUGCAGAUCCUUUCUUGUUACGAUAGAGGCUGCUCCUGCAAUUAUUCAAUCACACCUGAAAAUUGGUAGAGUUAGCCGCUUCCUGCCUGUACUCAUUAUUGUGAUUAAAUUAUGGAAUUAUAGCUGCAGUUGUAUCAUAUAUAUACAUAUAUAUAUAUACACACUCAUUUUGUAUCUUUCUUUCAUUGAUCCGAAUGAAAACUUUAACUCGUACUCUCAUUUUGUACUUAUUCUGCUCAAAAAUCUCAUUAUUAGAGAUGAUGAUUCCAAGUUACAGGGCUUAAUGACCAUCCUUCCCAUCUGAUUCACUUGCAGUUUUCUGCAGUCCUAUCGGCAAGUUGCAGUUUUGUGAAGUUCCAUCAGCAAAGUAAAGGGUGCAGUUUUGGGGUGCGAAGCAGCAGUUGCAUGCUGGUUCGAGCUUUUCCUCACCACUUGACUCACAAGUCAUAUAUUGAGCAUGGAAGCAGAUGGAAGGACAGAGCUUGGCUUGAGCAUUUUCCGGAGUACAAAUUGCAGCUGCUCAUCAAACAACACAAAAUCACUCACCCAGAAACAUCAUCUUAAUCAUAGCAUGCUACUUGAAAUUAUAAGCACGAAUUUAGGAAUCGGAAGAAAACAAAAAUUCUUGAACAUGGAAUUAAAAACACACAUACCAUACAGGAUUAGGAGAAGCAAGAUGCUAACUUCUUUUGUGCUAGCCAUUCUUUGAUACAAAUUGAAGUUUCGAGUUUU